AUGCCACAGAUAGCCAGUCAACAGCAAGUCGCAGCAACGUGCCUGUGCGGCGCGAUCUCGUAUGCUUUUCCCACGGAUCAGAGCUUGCCGAUGGAUAGCAGUCUGUGUCAUUGCUCCGAUUGCCGAUACGUGACCGGAGCAUUGUACUUGUCAUCGCCUCAGCUAUUUGAACCCCCACCUCAGAAUAUUUUGGACCAAGCCGUCCACUAUGAUAGCUCGGACACGCGUCGCAGAUGGUUCUGCGGGAAGUGCGGGUCGCACAUGUUUGUUCAGGAAAUUGGAGGCCAGGGAAGCAGAUGGUGGGUCAUGGGCGGCGUGCUGGAGCAGACAGGGUCUGGCUCUCGCACAAGGAACACCACCAGGGCUGCCCAUCACAUCUUCGUAACCGACACGGGAGACGGUGCUUUGGCAGCAAAAUUGAUCCGGUUAGGCAUACGGGAAGUUGAAUGCUGGGAGAAGCGUCCGUAUCACAGCAGACAAGUGACCGCCGCCGAGUUGCAGGAAAUGUCCCGGCGCGCCGAACGAAUGUCACGACCUGGGAGUGAAUCUUUAGAGGCCAGAUGUCACUGUGGCGGAGUCAAUAUCAGCAUCAUUCGCCCAAACUUCGAGUCAUUACAGUUGCAGCAGAGGUAUAUCCCGGAGGAGGAGAACAAGUAUGUGGCCGGUCUUUGUACCUGUCGCUCAUGCAGAUUGGCCACAGGUGUCUCUUUCCAGCCAUGGGCAUAUAUCCCACCGGCCAACAUCUUUCUCGCCGCCACGGGAACAAUGGUCAGGUUUGGUGCGGAGGGAAACCAGGAAGGCUCAAAUGGGAACGCCACUUUGAGACAUAUCUGGUCCAGCAAGGAUACCUGCAGGAGCUUUUGUGGCCGAUGUGGUGCAACCAUAUUCUAUUGGCACAAUAAGCGGCCGGAAGUCGUGGAUGUCUCGGUGGGCAUCCUGAGAAGUGAGGAUGGGGCGAUGGCAAAGAACUGGCUGUCUUGGAGGAAGGAAGGCCCUAGUUGGAAAGACGACUGUGUCGACGAAGAGUUGCUACAGGCCAUCUUCCCACCAUAG